AUGUUUGUCCGAACUGUUUCAAAAGAGAUUGAUGAAGAGCUGAGACUAGCAACCGAUGAGGAAGGUUCAUCAACUGGAUCCUCAGACAGCCUAGAUUCACUUAAGAAAGAGUCAUUCAUUAGGAAAAUCCGUGAUGAUAUGGAUGCAGAACUAUCCCAGGCUCCUGGUGUAAUGGAGUCUCAAUCAGUUGAUGGACUUACAAAGCUGAAGGAUGUGCUAGAUGAAGUUGAUGCAGAGCAGAGAAAAGAAUUCAUUGAAUCUAUUGUGAAUGAAAUGAAUGUUGACAUCAAUGAAGACAUGCAGAAACCCACAGAAGAACUUAAAAAUACAGAAAUAUUUACAACUCAAGAUUCAUCUGACCUACUCCAUACUGAGCAAGAGCUACAUACAGCUGAGGGACAACCAUCUGAAAUGGCUGUCAUAGAAACUGAUUCUACACAGGAGUCACCAUCAGAACCUACCCAAAGUGAUGAAAUAUAUGUCAGGGAAGACGUGGAAGAGGCUGCACUCCCGAAUAAAGAGUCAGCAUUGGCAGGGACUGAGGAAGAACUUGAGCAUACUCAGAGCCAGGAACGGGAGAUUUGUGGUGUUUCAGCUGUAAGAAAUCUCAGCUCACUUUCAGAAGAUGUCAGCAGUGUUGAAGGAGAUGAACCAGUUACCCUUGAGUCAUCUGAAGUAUCUGAUCCAUCCUUGGCACUACUGUACCACCUAGAAACCCUCUAUUUCAUUGGGGACAAGGAAAAGGAAGAGAGACAGAAGUCAGAGAUCUGUUGUCACCACGCAGCUCUGAGUCUCCCACACAACAAGUGCAAGAGACCAAUGUUCGAGAGUUUGGGAGACAGAUUUCUGAGGUCGCAUUCCAAAUGUCAUCCCCCCAGAGCAAGUGCAGAAAGGGACACUUUAGUUGAAUCAAAGAAACAACUGGAGCGACAAGUCUCAGAAAUAUCAGUUGACAUUGGCAGUGACAGAAAACAGUUUCAGCGACAAAUCUCUGAAGUUUCUUUUGAUCUGGAUGAAGAAGGUAAACCAAGACAGAUUGAUAGACAGAUUUCUGAAGUCUCCUUUGCAGUUCGUCCCCUUGUAUCAUCAGCUUCCAAUGAAGAAGAUGAUGACAAUGAUGAGAAGAAAAGAUACACUAGUGCCUCAUCAUACAUCAUGGAGAACUAUUUGAAGGAUCAGUCAGAGAGCACCGCAGUCCAGCAGACAUCAUCUGCAGAACAUGGCUUCUUUCCCAACACAUUUGUUGUUGAAGUUCCAUCAGCUGAUGAAAGUAGCCUAAGCUUCACACAUUCAGACCUUGAUGACAGUGUGUUUGGCAUGGACACUGAAUCUGAAGCAUCCAAGAGCCGACUCGAUAUAAGUCAUCUGACAGAGAGUGAACAUGAAGACAACACAGGAUUCCAGUUCACUCCAGGAAUGUAUGGCUACAGGGAACCUCCUCAAACCUACAAAAGUGAACUUGUGAAGGAAGUCAAUAUUGGACAGACAGUUAAAGCGCAAGGUGAUGAGGUGGUACCCAGUAUGACAUCACCAACAUUAAAAUCUGAAAGUUUGUCAGAUUCACAAAAGGAUGACUGGGACGUUUCGACAGAAACAGUUGCAGAUGAAGAUGAUGAGGAAGAGGAAUUCAUCGAUGCAGAAAGUGUACAUGAUGACAUCUUACUUGAUGAUGAAGCAAGAGGACUAUCUACAUCAGAGGCACAUGAAGGCCUUAGAACCAUCAUAUCUGAUGAAAUAACUACACAACCAGAAGAGAUACCCAACCAGCCAGAAGAAACUGCGGAAUCUCUUGAAACUGGUGAAAGAUUGUCCCAAAUUGAAAUCAUUUCAGAUGAAAUAAAUACUGAGGAAGGAGUGGCCACAGCUGAACCAGGACAUGUGCCUUCUGUGUAUGAAGACCUGGCAACAAGUGAGAGUGUUUCAGCUGAAUGUCAAGGGGCAACAGCACUCGUAUCAGAGGAAAGUGAUGAUGACUCAAUGGUCAUCCAUGAAUCAGAAGAGGAGAUAACUGGCAUUGGGGAAAUCAAGGCAGUCUCAGACAUUGAAGAAGCUGUGAAAUAUGCUGAGACCUUUGAUCUGCAGCCCGAUGAAAGUGUUGCAGAAGUUGGAGAAAUGACUCAAGAUGAUGCUUGUUUACAAAAUGUUCAUCACGUGGAGAUAGAUGACCAGCUUCCUAUGCAGGCUAGUGAUGAUAAAAAAGCUGUCCCCAAUCAGAAGCAUCCAUGA